ACGAUUGCAUAUGCAAAAGUGUCCGCAGCGGGCAGUAUUGCAUGGCGGACACAAUUGCAUCUGAUACUGGCCUCAAAUCCAACAUAACCCAAAGCACGUGUCGUCAGGGCUUUGAUAAAUUACUAAUCUUUCGUUUAUGAUUGUUGUCCUUUUACAGCAACUGCAGGCUGUUCUUUUUGUGCAGUUAACAAAAUUAUUUGGGGGCACCUCCGAUGAUUUUUCCGCUAGACGGGGUUAGUAGGCAAACUUUGGGGUAUUUUUAUGAUGAUGCUACUUUAUAAUUGGUUUGCGAUAUCACAAUGAGUGUAUAUAUAUCUACUUCCAGGUAGAUUAUGAACAUAAUCUCUGGCAAGGUAUACCCACAUUACAUGGUUCGAUCGCAAACCAAUCCUCGCGCACCAGCAUGCAAUGCCUCAAAUCCAGAAUAAAAUGAUUGGUCAAUAGGUGGCGCCCUACUUGCUGCCCGUAAGUUUCAUAAGUGUGUCUGUGCACUUUUGUGCCGAUUAUGUAAUGUAAACUAAAAGACGCCGGGAAUUUUGUCUCUAACUUUUAGUAGUUAGAAACACCCUCCGUCAUUUUUAUCAGCAUAAUGGUGUUGGUUGGAAUAUCAGAUCUUGAUGACGAGACGGCAAGUAAAUAUCCGGGAAUACAUGAGUAUGGACAGUGCCAGUCCAAGGCAUUCAUCAAGGGAAUGUUUGCAUUCUUUGCAGGAGGAGCUGGUGGCUUUACUGCAUGGUUUGCAAUCAGACAAAAAUAUCAAAAAUUUCCGGCAGUCUACAAUGUAGUCUUCAUUGCUGGUGGCGCUAUUGUUUCGUCGUAUGCCGUGGCAUCUAUCGCAAGUAAACAGUGUCAGAAAUUGUGGGUGAAUACAGCGCAUCACCACGACUCGCUACAAAUCAGAGACUCAAAUCCACACGCUCUGAGUAAAACACCCUCACAAGCAACAGAUGAGGUUCCAAUGAAGACGACAAAAUACGGUGAUCGGAUGGGAUGACCGUCACUAUUAUACAUAAAAUAUUGAUAUUUAUUGUUUAAUCAAGUAAUAUUAUUGUUAUUGAGCUGUCAAACUGAAGGCUUCUUGAAGUGGACGAUUCAUGAACAAUACAUGGUUCGCCCUGAACUUUAUUUGUGACUAGCCAGCAAAGUGAGCCAGCAGGACCAAUUAGCUUUUCGUUUUCACUUUGCAGUGCUAUGAAAUAUGACGAAACGACACCCAGCCUGCAGCAGUUACUUUGGCUUUCGGUCAAAGAGAGGGUAACUUUCAAAGUUUUAGUUACUGUGUUUAAAUGUCUCAUAGGAAUAGCACCGGGCUACUUAUCAUCUUGCCUUGCUCUCUACCAACCGCCAAGCUCAAGCCUGGGUCAGCUUCCGACAACACACGCCUAACCGAACACUCAACCAUCAGAACACUCUCAUCUGCUCACAAAAUUGUAACUCUUUGCCAAUUUUCAAGAAAUCUCUUAGAUUUUAUUAGUAUAAAAUGUAGUAUGUUGUAGUUCCAUUGGUUUGCACACUUUACAGCACUUUGAUCUUGUUGAAUUUAUAAAUGUGCUUCGUAAAUGUUCUGUUAUGUUGAAGAAUCAUGGCUGAGUGUUUACGAGCAUCGAAUUCAAGUUCUGGUGGUUAAGUCAUUGGUGGGUAGGUUUGAAUCCCGGUCAUGGCACUUGUGUCCUUGAGCAAGAUGCUUUACUAUAAUUGCUACCCAGGGGUAAUGGGUACCUGCGAGGGUUAGAGGUUGAUAUCCUGCAUAUGGCAAACUAUUUUACAAAAACACAGCAAUAUUUUUCAACCUUACUUUUUAAUUACAAAAUAAAUUGGCAAUUCAUUAUAACAAUAUUUACUUAUGUACAUACAGUGUGUAACCAUUCAAUUCAUUGAAGUUUGACAAAAAUUAAAUUUAUUACACCAAUAUACCCCCACUGGUCCGAGUGAUUUGCCUGUGGAUUUUUGUUUCACAGAACUUUGGAAAGUUCAGAUUGUGCAAGGAAAUGCAUCAGAAAAAUUAAAUUAUAUUUUGUAUUCCCGACAACAUAGAUCUGUUAAAUCGGUUUGGUACCCAUUACUAACACAUAGGACUCUCGGAAUUGCCUCUAGCCACUGAGCUAGCUCAAUGGUCGUUUAAGAUUGCUUUAAAGACGCACUUAUUUAACAUUUAAUUCAUCCAUUUUGUUUGUUACCCAGUACAUCUUG